UAGUGAUUUCUUUCCAAGAAGAUUUGGAAGGAGGAGAGGGAUGAGGGUCCAAGGAGUUCUUCAUUACCAGAACCACCCCAUAACGGGAUCAAACCCAACAGCAGUCUUGCCCGUUACUCUUCAUCAUGCCUCCAACACCCAAAUCCUGAACAAACUGAACUACAAGCACACACGAUGGCAGAGUUUAAGGAUUUGUAGAAUCCCAGAAACACUAGGAUCAAACUCUAGCAAGAGAUUUCCAAGCAUAUUAGCAGCAGCUGCAGCUCAGCCUUCACAGCCUCUGGACCUAACUGAAGAUAACAUCAGGCAGGUCUUAGCCGAUGCAAGAGUCGAAUUUGGUCACCUCUUUGACGCUUCAGUUGGCAUGACAGGACAAGUUGAUCUUGCUGACCUUGAUGGACCCUUUGUGAAGAUCAGUCUCAAAGGCCGGUUUUGGCAUGAAGGCAGCGUUGUUCUGGCUAGGCUGGCCAAUUAUCUCAAGAAGAGAAUCCCAGAAAUUUUGGAGGUAGAUAUAGAAGAUGAGAAACAACUGGAUGAUAGCCCUGCAAACUUUUAGGCUCAGAAAACAAAGGGCAGCAUGCCUGGCAUUCUUGAAAAAUAUAAACCAUCGACGAGCUAGGAUAUAAGCUAUCUAUGUUAGAUCAAAAGCUAGAUACCAGGACGAGGUAUAUGAGGUUAUC